AUGGGAGACGUCGGAAUCGUCGUGGACCCCGCAAUCGACCCAACAUCACCGCCAACAUCCCAAGAAAUAAACGUCCUCGUGACGGGCUUCGGGCCAUUCAGAAGCUUCGACGUCAAUGCAUCCUUCCUGAUAGCACAAUCCCUCCCAUCUUCAUUCACCUUACCACCGAAAGAAAAUGACACAAUUGGCGGGACCGAAAUUCCUGCUCCACGAGAAGUACGCAUACACGUCCACCCCGAGCCGAUCAAAGUCUCCUAUGCCACCAUCCGCGCGCAACUACCCGAUAUCCUCGAUGACUUCUCCAAAACACAUAAUGGCAACCGGCCCGAUCUGAUCGUUCAUAUGGGCAUUGCGUCUACGCGUCCGUAUUAUUCUGUAGAGACGCAGGCGCAUCGCGAUAACUAUCGAAUACCGGACGUCGAUGGACGGUCGGGGUAUCAAGAUGGUGAGAAGAUAUGGAGGGGGAAAGGGUUUCCUCCGAUCCUAAUGCCUGGUCCUGCAGAGGGAUCUGAAGAUAAAUCUGCUGUUCAGACAUCAGGAUUGAAAAUGGUCCCGUACCCGGCCAACGAACACUUUCUGCAGGUUUGGAAAUCUCUUUUGCCGGCGGAGACAGAUUUGCGUACUUCGAAUGACGCCGGCCACUAUGCGUGUGACUUUAUAUUUUAUACAAGUCUAGCGCAAGCUCUUGAGGAAGGCAGGGACAGGUCGAUAGUGUUUUAUCAUGUUCCUGUUACGACAGAUCCGGCGAGUAUAGAGUUGGGGACCAAGGUGGCUGUUGCUUUGAUCAAGUCGAUGGUUAAAUGCUGGGUGGAUGGUGAAUGA